CUCAGCCUAACUUCGCGUCGUCGUUACUUCCUAUAGUUUAUUCAAACUUCAUCUAAAUAUCUGCAAUAUGGGAUCUAGAAACUCCGUGGCACAAGAUCUAACCUUUUCAUAUUCUAGCAUCGUUCAUCUAUUUCUUGGCUAUGCCUUUUUGCUUAUAGCACCUCUGAGUAUCCCUACUCUACACGGGCAACAUUCUUUAUGACGACUUCCCAUCAUACAAAUUUAUAAGAAUUUAAGGUCCAUAAUCAUUCACUUCUAGGUUGAAGGUUGAAGGGCAGCGUCUCGAGACUCUAUAUCCUAGGUAGAUGCAGGUCUACAACAAUUCUGUUGUAAAAAUGGACGUACCUCGCUAUUACUACGCAGUAUUUUGGAUAUUAUUUUCAAAUGUCACCAUUCUAUUCAAUAAGUGGCUAAUCGACGAUGCCGGCUUCCAAUAUCCCAUAAUAUUAACAUGUUGGCACAUGUUCAUCGCUACUCUUUUUACUCAGUUUCUCGCCCGGAAGACAACUCUACUCAACAGCCGCCAUGGGAUUAUGAUGACAGCCCCACUAUUCAUGAAAACAAUCGUUCCCAUCGGUCUCCUAUAUAGUGGAAGCAUGAUCUUUAACAAUUUGGUCUAUGUCCACUUAAGUGUACCGUUCAUACAGAUGUUGAAGGCUACGGGACCAGUAGUUACUCUCAUGGUUGGUUGGCUAUGGGGUGUUGAACACCCGACCUGGUCAAAAUGCGGUCAUAUCCUGCUCAUCGUCUUCGGUGUCGUUAUGGCUAGCGCCGGCGAAAUCCAAUUCUCUUGGCUCGGGAUACUCUGCCAGGUUACCGGUAUUCUGUUUGAAUCAGUCCGUGUCAUCAUGAUACAGUCUCUCAUGUCAAGUAAGGGCCUGGACAUGGAUCCUUUUGUCCUUCUUUACUACUACGCUCCGGUCUGUGCCGUUACCAACUUUACCCUAUCGCUUACUUCCGAAUGGAGGACAUUUGGAUGGAUACAUAUCGCAAAAGUCGGGCCUUGGAUUUUGACGUUGAACGCAUUCGUGGCGCUUUUAUUGAACAUCUUCAGCAUUCUCUUAAUUGGAAAGAUGUCUGCUCUGAUAUAUGUGCUUUUAAGCGUUCUCAAGAACAUCCUUCUCGUAACAUGCGCCGUGGCGAUUUGGAACACACCAAUAACCCCCACCCAGCUAGUCGGGUACAGUCUGGCACUUACUGGGUUAGGUCUCUAUCAACUAGGGUGGGAACUAAAAUGUGAGGGUACGUGCUAUACGUUGGGGAAUGUCACCCAAAGGAUAACAGAUCACUUGCGUGGGAGGGGCAGGAAACCACGAUUACUCGUAGCAGCCGUGAUCAUAGCAGCGCUACUAGCCUUCGCGUUUCUGGGGAGAGGGCGAAGGAACUGGAGGGAUCAGCCCGGUACUAGGGCCACACAGGAAGUCGGCGACCAAUCCAACAGCUGGCUCGCAUGGACUUACUUCAAAGAUGUUAUAUUGCGAACUAGUAACGACUGAUAUUAGGAACUAACAGCGUGGGUCUUAGAACUAGGUUAGGUUUUUAUACAGCGUUCUUAGCGAAAUCAUAUUAACGAUAUACCCG